AAUAAUCAACAUGCGUUUCCGAGCAGACAUCAAGAAUAACAAUGUCUUUACCAUCGCAUGGGUCAAGUUAAGUAAUGAGGAUGUUCGAUUUACCAUAAUUCCUGAUCAAGGCUCGUCAGUCUGGGCGUACGUUCAAUGCUUGAGCGUGUUAGACCAAAUGUUCGAAACAUACACCAUUCAAUCCGCAGCAGAGAACAACACGAUCAACCUGGAAGUGCCUCUGCAGAACCUUCAUCGAGCGCUGAAGUCCGCUCAAAAUGCCAGCCAUGCAUCAAUUCGUCUCACCAAGAAGAAUAAUAUCCCACUUCUGUCGUUGACGAUCACAACCGCAAUCUUCGCUGGCGCGCCGAAACCGACCUUCCAGAGCGGUCCAUCUGACGAGUACGGCUACAACACAGGCUUUCCACCAGGCGAUGAGUUCGGCAAUCAAUUCCCCACAGACGAAGUCGAUGAACCUGUGUACGAUCGUCCAAACAGAGAAACCAUCAUCACCCAGGACAUACCUAUCAAAGUGCUCGCUCCUGCCGUUGUCUCCGGCCUUCACGAGCCACGGUCAAGAGAACCCGACGUCCACAUCGUGCUUCCACCUUUACUACAGCUCAAGUCCAUCUCUGAUCGCUUCACCAAACUCGCAGUCUCGAGCACAAAGACGCCGAAUGGGUCAACUGGUUUUAGGGGCAGCACAACAAGGACACCAAAGUUAGAGUUGAGCGCAAACAUGCAUGGGUGUUUGAAGUUGAGGUUAAAGACCGAUGCCAUGGAUAUCAGCUCCAGAUGGACUGGCCUUAGCAACCCAGAACUGGAUCCUACAACUGUGGAAGGUGGUGAGGAGGGAAUUGCACAACAUCCGAGCACUCUAAUGCGGACGCGAGGUGAUCCUGAAGGUAUCAGUGACGAAGGCUGGGCAGUGGUAAGAUUAGAUGGCAAGGAUUGGGGCAAAGUGUUGGGUAUCGGAAGAGUGGGUGGAAGAGUCAUUGCUUGUUUCUGUAAUGAGCAUGCAUUGAUAUUGUAUGUCUACUUGCCAAAUGAAGAGGUUGAUGUUGCAGAAUCGGUGAUUACAUACUAUAUCAGUUCAUACAGCCAA